GAACUUUAGUUGAAAUCAUUGAUCAAUACAAAAAAUUCCAUGCUUCAGCUAAGUGUUACUCAUAAAUUCGAAACAUGCAAAACCAUGUUAGCAGAGGAGACAACAUUUCAAAGCUGAGGUACAUCAAGGACAUGUUCGUGGGGCCGCAUAUCACUUACGAGGUUCACAAGUGCACCGAGGUUGUGUUGCCAGUUAAGUUCGACUUCAAAUGGUCUACAUACAUAUGGGACUUUCCAAGGGCGAAGAUUUUUGUCCUCGACCCAACAAUGAACAAUGGUGACGAGUCUGAUAAGGUAAUUCAACUCAGGCACAGGAAGGUUGCAGACGAGCUUCACAAGGCUAUAGAGAUAUGCAUAAAGUCAUUCUUCUCUGGAUGGGAGCCAGACAUGAGGUCGUGGAAUACAUGCUUCCCAAGGGGCCUGGCAAUAGGGAUAUGCAGAAAGGAAGACACGGGCAUAUAUGCUACUCACUUUGGAAGGAAUUGGAUGGGAACUAAACUGAAAAGGGACAUGAACCCGGGUGAGGGUGUCAUGCAUGCUAGGAUGAACAUGCUUGUGGACUUGCUUGGUUCUGAAGGUAACAUUGGUCAUCUGCCUGCGAGGUACAAGGAUUGCCUUAUUAGCAAGAACGACAAGAUCAAGGAUUGACUUGUUCAC